AUGGUGACAGAGGAAUCUUGUUCCAACGUCAACCAAAAUACAACCAUCAUUCAGAGAUCACCAGAAACAUCGAGUACUUGCUCAACCCCUUCGUUUCAUCCUCCUACUUCACUUUCCAUUUUAGACUGUGUCGGUGAUGAAGACAAGUGUAAGCAACUGUUUGCUAGAAUGAUUGUCGAAAUGAGACAAGAUCAUGCUAAGCCCAGUCAUCUGUCCCUUUCAUUCGAUGUGAAUGGUAAUAUUCACACCCUACACAUGUUGAUUCAAGGUCAAGUAAACCAUCAGAAAUUUGACGGUGUCUCACAAUGUCUACCUCCUGAAGUCAUGAAUAAUCACUACCACAGUGAAAAGGCAGCUGUUUGGAUGCUUGGAAUUCACUUGUACAAGCUAUUGACGGGCAAGUAUCCAUUCUACGCUUCAAAUGAUCGGCAAUUGUUCAAAAAGAUGCUUCACACCAAUUUUUCUAUACCAAACGAAUUAUCUGAAGAUGCUAAAGAUAUCCUAAGACGAAUGCUGGCACCGGAUCUAAGGAAUCGCGCAUCUCUAGAUCUAAUCAUUUAUCAUCCCUGGCUUAAACCCUACAUGCACGUCCUUCUGCCAGAUCACAGCCAUCCACCAAGACAACAACCCGUUUUUACACCCCAAGGGAAAAAGAGGAGUAGGUUUAAGCCACUGAGGCAAGUUCUCCUGUUGUUCUUACAUGGCCCGUUUCCACCGCCAAAGAAACCCUACAGGGAUCUAUCUCAUUUGGGAACCCGCGAUUCUGUUUUUGCUAGACAAAGACAGAUGUAA